AUGUUCAGCCAAAGGUUGAACUCCCAAAAGCCCGACGACGAAUUGCUCGCCAAUUUUCGCCAACAGUUCCCCCAAAUAGGUUCCACCGCCGAAGGGGGCUCUCCGGGCAUUUCUCAAACCGCUGGUGCCCCAGAUAUGAACCCAACGGCCCCCGUUGCCCCCAACAUUCGACCAGAAUUCCAUGAUCAGGACCCAACACCCAGAGCCAAUAACGACCCCUGGCGCUUCACGCCCUCGCUGCUGGAUGCCAACUCUUAUGCCUUUAGCGCUUUCGGUCAUGGCAACUCUGGUCUAUUUACCCCAGGCAUACAUGGACCGCAGCAAUUCUACCAGUCCCAAGCUGGCGAUCUGCAUACACCCACCAUGGCCAUGCUCCAGAGUGUCACGACGCCUUUCGGUGCACCUCCCUCCCUGGAAGCUAUGCAAUCUGGCGCAGUUAUGGACCCUUCGGCUUUUCACACCGUGCCCAGCCAACAUAUGCCUCCAUUUCAACCCUACCUCCAAGUACCUGGCCAACAAUUCGCGCCAUCAUCUUUUGUCCAACAAGACACAGGUUACGAAACCAUGGAGCAGGAUCCAUCGCCCAUGGGGUCUGAAGAACCUGACCCUCGGCUAAUUGGCUUGAAGAGCCAAUUAGCUGCCAACGCCGCCGCAAUGAGUCUUCCCUUGCCGCCAUCAGCAGAAAAGUUUCGAUUCCAUUCGACUCUCAACGCUGCCACGGCCAUGGUGAAGCAGGCUGACGAAAUUCCCAUCACUUACCUAAACAAGGGACAGGCCUACUCACUCUCCGUUGCCGAUACGCAAGGCGCUCUCCCAGUUCAACCCGGAACACGAUACCGAACUUUUAUCCGCGUUUCGUUCGAAGACGAAGAGCAACGCGCUAAGCCUAGCGUAUGCUGGGGUCUGUGGAAGGAGGGUCGAGGCACGAACGAGGCUCAUCAGCGCGGUGGCAAGCUCCAAGCAGUUGAGGUGUCAAAGGUAUCCCUGCCGAAAGCGGUGUCAAGGAUAGCAAGAGAAAGCGACAGAGCAUUGCUUCCAAGGCCAGCGUCGACUCGCGGACUGGGAAGGCCUUCUCUCGAAGACGAUUUGCACUUUCGACUACAGACGCUGCAAGACAUGUUUACUAGCACUCGCCCGAUCAGCGUACUGUUCUUGCGCGGCGAAGACCAAGACGAUAUGGAUCUGCACCCGGUCUCUAUGCCCGGUGAUCUGUCUCCUGCUACUCGCGAGGGGCGCAACUGGCAAGCACGCAGCGGACGUAGCUCCGUCCGUAGCUCUCUCGUUUCACCUUCGCCCAGCUCACUAUCCCUGGCAUCACAGUCGUCCACUGGCGGUCACUGGCAAAACUUUGACUCUCGCGGCCCCGACCAAGUUACGACAGUCAACCGAACGGAUGAUUCCGGUACACUAAGCGGAUGGAUUGAGGCGCUAGGCGUGGACCCGUCGUAUAGACCGCCGCAAGAACGCUCGCCUAAGCCUGUGGCCUGCUUCUACGUGCAAUAUGACAAUCAGUCCACGGAGAAGCGCGCAUAUCAUCGCGCCGUUUAUCUAUUCCAAAGGUCUCUUCCGGAGCUGAAAAAGCAGAUUGCUGCCAAGUUUGGGUUGGAGGAGAGCCGCAUGAAGCGAGCAAUUCACCGGCUGCCGAGCGGCCUCGAGGUUGAGCUGGAUAACGACGUUGUUCAAGAACUUCGCGAAGGACAGGACAUGCGACUCGAAGUGGAAGAGAUUGUCGAACAGCCUGGCAAGGAGUGGCAAAUGUCGGUUGACGGCGAAGAGGCGAAGGAGGAGAACCAGUCGCAACAAUCAGCGGGCUUGAUUCUGCGCCUUACAUUUUAA